AUGCGCAGCCUAAUUGCCUUUGUACUCUUAUUGGCCACGGCGCCUGUGAGGCCGAGUGGUGGCUCCUCCGAAACUAGCCCGAACGGCUGGUCAACUACGGGACCCUUGACGAGCGAGGUGGGCAUCCAAACGACGUCCAGGGAGCCUGAAGAUGCCUUGUUGUUGACUGAAAGACUUAAUGGUUCGUCCUCAGCUGGGACCCUAAAGAGUGGGCAGGAUAUAGAUGCGGAUGACGGCAUUGCGCCACGGCUGGCCUCCGCGCAACCAGCAGAAGAGGCCCAGAGGGAAGGAGACCAAAGUGAAGGAAAGGUAUCAGGAGGACUUCCCAGUGCAGUGAAGCCGGACAAGAAGUUCCGGCGAAACGCGGCCAAGCUUCUAAGCUUAGGUCUUCUAGUUGUGGCGAUGACAUUCAUCGCUAGAGUGUUUUCCUCGAAGUUCGCAUUCAAAGAAGGAGUGGGAACUGCACCUGCUGCGGCUUCAGAACCUGGUGAGGGCAGUCCAGAGUCAGAGGCAGAGCUCAUAUCGUCAGCAAGUGGAAGUACACCUUUGGAGGAAAGGGCGCAGCACAGCAUGGGAACGUCGCAAAGUGGGGUUGCCCAUCGUGAGCCGGCGGUCGUCGACCUUGAACAGAGUAUUACACAACUGAAUUACGAAUUUAGGCGUGCAGCGAUCAGGGCGGAGAUGUGGUCAAAUAGGUCGGAGAGUGCGCUGCUCUCCAGCAGGGUAGCGGGAGGGGAUGGCCCUGGUGUGGAGUCCACUGCGAAGUCCCUUGCGCUGAAAAUGUCUUCGAUAGCGUCUUCGUUGGCUCAGAACGUCGGGGCAGUCUGCGCCGGGCUGGAUAAGCUUAAUGACGACAUCAAGAGGGCAAGAACUCUGGAGCAGGCAGCAGAAGCAGCAGCUUCUCUCCGAGCGUUGCUGCGAGCCUUAGAUAAUAUUGGCGGCAGCGCCGCUGCUGAGUUUUUCAGAGUUGUCGAGGCCACAGCCACUAUGACCAAUCAAGCAAAGAUGCUUCUCGAUAUGUAUCCAGAUAUCCUUGUACUUGCGAAUAACUUGGCACAACCACUGGGUGUGCCUUACGCUAGCCAGCCAGCUUUUCCAACAUCCGCCGCUGGUCUUGCCGGAGAUGUUACCCUUGCCAAUUUGAAGGCGCUAGUCGAUGAAGUGAGUGUCACGGAAGCUCUCCAGAGCGCUAAAAUGCAGAAGGUUCUGGAGAGUUCAUUGGUAGAACCCCAUUUUGGAGGUUUGGUCCAGUUGUUAUGGAGGUCGCGUGAGCUUCAAGAUGACAUGCAGGCAACUGUGAAGUCGCUGGUGCACGCUCAGCGCAGCUUGGAGGUGGGAAGUUUGCCUAGUCCUCGUCUUAACGUGAGUGCGGCUAUCGAAGUGCUGAAGGCUAUCAAGGCAAAGCAGAUGGCAUUGGGGGAGGAAAUGAAGCUGGAACUGGACGUGUGCGUUGAGCUGGCACUGGAACAGCUUGAAGCAGCACGUGUUUUGGUAGAGAAAAACGAAGAUGGACGUUGGAAGAAGAGUGCGCAUCCACUCUUGAGUAUGGCCAGAAUAAUCAAGAAGCACAUUGCCUCUGUGGAAGUGGCAUUGUCUAACUUUGAAGAUUCCGCAGGAGAAAUAUACUUGUGA